AUGAUAGGAGACUACAGGGACCAUGACUUUUCUUUGUACUUCAUGAUUCCCUUCUACACCACAUUAGCCCUCUUCUACCACAACUGGUACCCAUCCUCAGUGUUCGUUGGAGACACUGUGUGUUACUUUGCUGGAAUGACGUUUGAAGUGGUUGGGAUUCUCGGCCAUUUCAGCAAGACCAUGCUGCUUUUCUUCAUCCUCCAAGUCAUCAACUUUAUUUACUCCCUGCCUCAAUUGUUUCACAUCAUUCCCUGCCCCAGACAUCGCCUUCCAAGGUUACAGUCAGACACAGGAAAGCUUGGCAUGAGCUACUCUAAAUUCAAACAGAAGGACCUAGGCAAAUUAGGACAACAUAUUCUGAAGGUGGCAGAAAUGUUAUAUCUUCUAGAUGUGCAAAGGGGGCUGGAGGGAGAUGAUGAGUUUAUUGAGUGCAACAACAUGACCCUUAUCAACCUGGUACUGAAAUUACUGGGGCCUACACAUGAGAGAACUCUGACUACAAUCAUGCUGUUUAUAGAACUACCUCAAAUGUAUUUCAUCAGUUUAGAUGUAAUGUGA